CAUAAAAAGAUGUGGAAGUGGAUUGUAGUCCUGGUUGUUAGUCUCCAUUGCAGCAAUGCGCUGUACUUUCACAUUGGCGAAACGGAGAGGAAGUGCUUCAUUGAGGAAAUUCCCGAUGAAACUACCGUCAUAGUUAAUUACAAGGUGGAAUUGUAUGAUCCACGUUCGGGGGGUUUUAUGCCAUCAUCUCCGGGAAUUGGGAUGCAUGUGGAGGUACGGGAUCCGGAUGAUAAGACAAUCCUUUCGCGGGUGUACAGUUCAGAUGGGAGAAUCUCCUUUACAUCCCACACCCCGGGUGAGCAUGUGAUUUGCAUGUACUCCAACAGUAGUGCCUGGUUCAGUGGAUCCCAGCUACGUGUGCACCUGGACAUCCAGGUGGGAGAGCACGCCAUUGAUUAUGCCAAUGUGGCACAGAAAGAGAAGCUAACAGAGCUGCAGCUGCGUAUGCGACAGCUUCUGGAUCAGGUGGAUCAGAUUACGAAGGAACAAAACUAUCAAAGGUACCGUGAAGAGAGAUUCCGGCAGACGAGUGAGAGUACAAACUCCCGUGUUCUGUGGUGGUCCCUCAUUCAGACAGUUGUCCUCCUGGCAAUGGGCUUCUGGCAGAUGCGCCAUCUCAAGAGUUUCUUCGAGGCAAAGAAGCUCGUCUAGAGAACACAAUUUUCGCUAAUUUAUAUUAAAACAAAAGAUUUUCACAUGAAAAUUAUUUAAUGAGAAUGA